AAAUCAAGCUGUUCUGUUUAAAAUAAUUCACUUUUUCUGUUGUAUUUAUGUAAUUUGAUUUUCUAGGUUACCCUUCAGAUAUAAGGAUGCCGAACUGGGGAGGUGGAGCCAAAUGUGGUGCCUGUGAAAAGACAGUGUACCACGCUGAGGAAAUCCAGUGCAAUGGAAGGAGUUUUCACAAGACGUGCUUCCUCUGCAUGGCUUGCAGAAAAGCUCUGGACAGUACCACAGUAGCAGCUCACGAAUCUGAAAUCUACUGCAAAACUUGUUAUGGGAGAAAAUACGGUCCCAAAGGUAUUGGCUUCGGACAAGGGGCAGGAUGUCUCAGCACUGAUACUGGCGACCAUCUGGGCUUGAAUCUGCAACAGGGGUCACCAAAGUCUACUCACCAUUCUACAACAACUAAUCCUUCAAAGUUUGCCAAAAAGAUGGUAGAUGUGGAUAAAUGUCCCCGUUGUGGCAAAUCAGUGUAUGCUGCAGAGAAGAUCAUGGGAGGAGGAAAACCUUGGCAUAAGACGUGCUUCCGCUGUGCUAUUUGUGGAAAGAGUUUAGAAUCUACGAAUGUUACAGACAAAGAUGGAGAGCUCUACUGUAAAGUCUGCUAUGCAAAAAAUUUCGGUCCCAAAGGAAUUGGGUUUGGUGGCCUCACUCAAGUGGAAAAGAAAGAGUGCGAAUGAGAAGAAAUGGAUGCAACAGACUCAAACUGCUGUUGAUGCCACCAAGUGAUAGUUGUCAAGUAAAACAUUAAACAUCACAUAUUGCUAAGAACCUAGGGCAUUUGUUUAAUAUUUUCCACCUUGCAGGAAAAACUUGUGAGCUUAUAUCUUAAGAAAUUCUUAGAAUAGCUUAAAAAGGUACAGUGAUAAAAUAAGAUUCAUGUUUGUUUUACAGUAAAUAAAGACAAAAAACCUCAUGGAAUAUUAUUCAUGGAACAUUAUUGCUUCUUAAACUAGUAUUUACCACACUUUCGACUGGAAUUUUAAAGAUUCAGCAUACCGUCCCGUUAAGAUAGAGAUACCUUAUGGAGCGCAAG